AUGCCGACUUUGAAUGGAGAGGCCAAAGAACGAUGGCUGAGCAAAGGUGUGUUUAUCAGGACCAGACAGAGCCAACCAAAACUUCAGAACAAUAGCAAUCAACAAAACUGCAAGGAACUUGAUACGCUUCAAUGGACAAAGUACAACACAAUAGACUCCUUUAUUGCGCUUGUAUGGGGUUUCGGAGACUUUGCGGCUCACACAUUACUAUAUAUUUACCAUGCUUGCCAUUAUUUGAAAUGGCAGACAUCAAGUCUCAGCAUACUCCCAGAGAUACAGACAGACUCACGACCAGUCCAAUCUCAGCAAAAUGACUUGCUAUACUUUACAAGAUAUGUGUGUCGAUUGUAG